AUGCCCAACCCACGGCAACGAGAUUCCAUACUUUUGUCCGUGCUGCUCAUGGAAGCACCCGUCCUGGCAAGAGAGACUACUACCGAGGAUGCGGAGCGUCACAUUCCGGGGUGCGUCCACCCUGACGAUGGUUUCCAAGGACCACGGGGCCGACCCCCCGGCUUUCUCAUAGCCCAGGAGGAGGCUGCAAGGAGUUCGAGGCAAGGAAAGCUGACCUUUGCGAGGAAGGUUGAUACGGAUCUGAUCGGAGACCGAGGAGACGGUGUUGGGGGCCUAGGGGUUACGACUCCAAAGGCCACGGAUACCUUGCAGGCGGACGAUCAGGAUGUCGGAAUGCAGGGAGCUGGGUAA